AUGGAUAUUAAUUUAACAACAGGCUCAACAGACUUGUUGGAUGUUGAAAAUAUUGAAUAUUCUUUUCCUUUACUUAUUGCGUCGAUCAUAUUUAAUUGGUCUUUUUCACUAGCAUCUUUUGCUACAAUUACUCUUCCUACUUGGAUCUAUAAACUUCUUUCGUGGUCAUUCACAUUGCAACUCAAUUUUACAACAUUAUUAACCGGUGACACGUUAAUGUUAGAAAAAGAAAGAUCUUUUUAUAUUGUGGUUGAUGGUCAUGUCCAAGUAUUUGUGAAAACUGUUAAUGAAGAAGAAAUAGCAUUGGAUCCAUUUGAAAGUGAUGAUUAUAAUCUUGGAUUGGGUGACUCAGAGCCAUCUAUUGGAGAAUAUGAAAGAAUUUUAAUCGGUGCAAAAACCACAGCCAGAAAAGAACUUGUUUUGUUACAUUCAGAACGAAAUUGUUCUCCAGGGACUACUCGCCAGUGGUUGAAGAAUCGAUUAUGGAUACAUGCUCAUCAUCAUGUACAAAUGAAUGUUGCAAAACCAAACAUGUUGAUUGAACCAUCUAGAAAGAAUACUUUAUUGAAUAUAAAAGAUAUAAAAGAUCAAAUACAAAAGUAUUAUCCUAUAAGUUAUUAUCCUAGGAGGCAAAAAAGAUCACCCGCCAUUUAUACCGGAAAUAGAAGUGACUUUGCGAGAUUAGCACGUCGUCUCUGCGGAAAAUCUGUUGGUCUUGUUUUAGGGGGUGGUGGUGCCCGUGGGAUUGCUCAUAUUGUAGACGUUGCUAGCCAUGAUGAUACGUCACCUGUAUAUUAUGGAGAUUCAUUAUCAGGGUGGUGGGUUUUACUUAAUAAAUUUAAUCCAUUUAGUAAUCAGAAGAUUCCCAGUAUAGCAGAUAUACAGUCGCGUUUAGCAUAUGUAUCAAGUGUGAAAACAUUGGAGGAAGCAAAGAAUACACCAGGUUGUUUGUACAUGGAAAUGCCAGUGCAACAAUAUGGAACUUUAGAGUUUAGUAAAUUUGAUGAAAUUUUUGAGGUUGGGUAUAAGGCAGGAAAAGAAUUAUUAAUAAGGUGGAAAGCUGAGGCAAUCAUACCAGGACAGGGACUUGAUCCGUCUGAUUUUUCAGCAGGACAGGAACUUGAUCCAUCAGAUUUUCCAGCAUCCAAAAAAAAUAGAUUCGACAACACGAUAAAUAACGUACCUUCAACAAAUGACGAUAUUGAUAAUGUUGAUUAUAGGAAUAGUGUAAAUAAUAAGGGUAAAGAAAAGGUUGGGGGAAGCGAAACUUAUCACGGUCGUAAAAUACUUUCAAAAGAUGACGAUAUUGAUAAAGUUGAUUAUAGAAAUAGUGUAGAUAAUGAAAAGGUUGGAGGAAGUGAAACUUAUCAUGGUCAAAUAGUUAAAUCCAGGUAA